AAAUGAGGAAGAAAAGCGGGAGGGGGGAGAUAAUAUGGUUGCAGUCAUAUAAAUAAAAUUCAUUUUCUAAAAUUCAAAUUUAACUUUCACGCAAAAAAUUUUUGAAAAAAGAAUGAGUAUUUGUAAUUUUACAUCAAAAUUUUAAAUUACAGAAAUUUGAUAAGAGGGAAAGAAAAUUCAAGGAAAAAAGUCUUUAAAAAAUCAACUGAACUGAGAAGCAAGCUUUGUUUACUAUACAUAUUAAUGAACAAUUUGAUUUGACGUAAUGUGAUUGAGCGGUGAAUUAAAUUUUAUGCUGUAUUUCCCUACUUCUCAUUUGAUAUUUUAUUUAUCAUUUCCUACUAUAUCUACCUAAAAGAGGUGAAGUUUUGCUAUUAUAUUUUCAACAACUUAUUAUUAUUUUGAAGUACUAAACAUUCAAUCGGAUUUCAUGAUUUGAAAUUUAAUCAUCAUUUAUAUUGUUCGUUGUGAUUAGCGUAGUAUAAAGACUAUAUCAGGUAAUAGAUUGAUUACUAAAUGUUGUUUUUUCUGUUGAAAAACUCAUAGCAUUAGUUCCUGCAUAUAGCAUUAUUAUUGAAUUGAAAAUGGAACCAGUAGCAACAAAUCGCAGAAAUUUCAACUUUGCUCCUCAGCAAGAAUUUCUAAUGCAAGGUAGUAUAAUGGACACAUCUUGUGAAGUUUUGUUGCAUAGAUUGCGAGGACUUUGUGACAAUGCUGAUGAAAAUCCAGAAACAUUUCAUGAUUAUGAGAUGGUAUUUCAAAUACGUGGACCUACUGGAACACCAUUGGUUUUACGAGCCAGACAAGCCUUAGACCAUCCAGAAAUGCCAUGGCAUUUAAGAUACAUUGGGCAACCUGAAAUUGGAGACAAAAAUCGAGCAACAAUGAUCCGUAGUUGCAUCGAUGUGGACACCUCUAAUAAUGUUGUACAAUUUCUCAAUGAACUAGGAUUCAGGUUAGAUUAUGAGUUUGUCUUAAAAGGUUUCAUGUUUAGGAAAGGAAGAAUGAAGGUAACAGUGGCUAAAGUUUGUCGUCUUCUGCAACAAAAUAAUCCAGAUAGCAUUGAACCAGUUUCCCAAUCAUACUUAGUUGAAUUGAGUGUGGUAGCUCCUACAGGCCAAGAAGCUCUUGCUGAUGAAAUGAAAGCAUUUUCUGAACAACUGAAACCAUUGGUGCAACUGGAUAAAUUUGAUCAUCGACGUCUGCAACACGUAUGAUUAAUAUUUGUGUUUAUUUCACACCUAUGAAUUUUUACAUUUUAAGCUCGUAUAUACUUUACAAAAGUAUACGACAAAGAUUAUCAGAAUGUUUAUAUUUCUUAUGUCAGUAAUGAAAUAAAUUCUUCAUUAAAACA